AUGGCGAAGCGUCGGGCUGCUGAGUUCGACGGGAGGAGAAGCAAGAGAAGGAGAGCAGAGCACUUGCGCGUGCAGCGAGUGCUGUUGCGCUCGGGCAGAAGUGAAGAAGAUGACCUAUCACUUGGAGACCCACGACAGCGCGAAAAUGUAUCCAUCUCUCCACGCCGUGUGGCCAGAUUCCUCAGCAUGGACGCUGGCAAAGCCGAUACACCAAUUGACAACACAGCUGUUAGUACCGUUCCCGCUUCUCGUGUGGCAGAUAAAAACGCGUUGAACUCGAAUGAAGAGGAUGACAACAAUUGA